AUGCAUGAGCUUCCCGAUGACAGUCUCGCUGACAUCCUUCCUGUGGCCAAGAAGGUGGCCAUUGCCACGGGCGCCGCGGAAUACAAUGUCCUGCAGAACAACGGCCGCCUGGCUCACCAGCCCUCGCAGGAGAAGGGUCUCGUGGUCGGCUGGCCGUCGACGCAGCCUCCCAAGGAAGAGCUUCAGAAGGUGCGCAUACUGGUAUCUCACAUUCAGGUACACGAGAAGCUUAUGUCUCAGCUUCCCAAAUAG